CCUCCGACGCCCAUUGACCGGCGCCUCAACACAGGAAGUGACGAGACUGCCACGGCAAAACAGGAAGAUCUUGCUGCAGUGGAGUAAUCCCACAAUCCAACCAAUCAGAGCAAGUGAAGGUAGCAUACAGAUGUGAAGGCCAUGUUUCAGACAGGAAUUCUUGUUUUAACAUCUCCACUUUCCCUUAUUUCAUUACGCAUUGCUCCAGUCUUGGCAGCAGCUGCUAAAAUUGUGGAGAAUAUAUUAUAUGUUCAUUUACACCCAGGUUUGGGACUUGCAGGCAAUUAUUUUCAACCCACGCCAACUUACAUUCCAGCAAAUCGGGAAGUGUCUCAAAUACUGACUAAUCUUUAUGCAAAGAGUUUAAAUGUUUGCAGUUGCCUAGAUGUCAGGGUUGUUCUUUCAAAUAUUAAAAAUCACUGCUCAAUUCAGCAGCCAUUCUCAUCAGUCCAAAUGUUGUCUGAACCACCGGAGGUGGUCCUAACGGACUAUCGUAUCACAGAUUUAAAUCAAUCCAAUAUAGUAAUGCAGUGUUUGGAAAAAUAUGUUCUUGGCUGCUAUACCUGCAAAUCCAACUUAAGGGCCAUGUUUUUACCAUCUGGGAUUGAUGGUGCAGAGAAUUUCUGUCCUGAUGUGAUGGAUUCCAAUCUGUGUGAAAGUAUUCCCAAUUACAGUGAUGUUGUGCUAGGUGGCACCUUUGACAGACUCCAUUGUGCUCACAAGAUUCUUCUCAGUAUGUCAUGCCUUCUAACAGGAAAACGUUUAUUAAUUGGAGUUGCUGAUGGAGAAUUACUUCAUAGUAAAGUACUAAAGGAGUUAAUUGAACCUUACCAAGAUCGUGUGGAGAAGGUUAGGAAGUUCCUUUUGGAUGUGAACCCGGCUGUACAAUAUGAACUUGUUUCUCUGAGAGACCCCUAUGGACCAGCUAUUACUGAUCCAAAUCUAAAGUGCAUUGUUGUUAGCGAUGAGACCCGAAAGGGAGGAGAAGCAGUGAACCGGAAGCGACUAGAAAAUGCCCUACAGGAGUUGGCAAUCCAUAAGAUCGGUCUUGUUGAAAAUGUCAAUCGCACAACCGAUGAGGAAGAAAAGAUCAGUUCAUCCACACUCAGAAAGCGACUGUUAGGAUCCUUGCUUGUACCUCCCAAAAAUAAUCCUCGAAUUCCGUCAACUCCCUAUGUGAUUGGACUGACUGGAUGCACGGGCAGUGGAAAAACAUCAGUUGUACAGUACCUCCAGAAAAUGGGAGCAACUACAAUUAAUGCUGACGCAGUAGGUCAUGAGUCGUACAGACCAGGCAGAGCUGCUCAUCAGAAGAUUGUUCAGGAAUUUGGACAAGAAAUUCUACUGAAAGAUGGAACAAUCAACCGAAUUGCUUUGGGAAAGAUAGUCUUUGGAGAUCAAGAGAAACUAAAAUGUCUAACAAGCAUUGUGUGGCCAGAGACUGCAAUCCUUGUAAAGCAGAUGAUCAGUGAGGCUGGUGCAGAAGGUAAACCUGUGUGUGUGGUAGAUGCUGCAGUCUUGCUGGAAGCUGGCUGGAAUGAUAUGGUUCAUGAGGUUUGGGUGGUUAUUGUUCCAGAAGAUGAGGCACUCAAGAGGAUUAUGAAAAGAGACAACAUUAGUGAAGAAGAUGCAAAAAAACGACUUGCAAAUCAAUGGACUAAUGCCCAACGGGUACAACAUGCCAAUGUUGUCCUUUGUACACAAUGGGAGCCCGAGUUCACAGAAAAGCAGAUCCAGAAGGCUUGGCACCUCCUUCAGAAUCGUAGACCUACUUGUUGACAUCAUCCAAGUCCAGGAUCUCUAUUGCUCCUUUGUUAAUUUAAUUGUUUGAAAGAAGGUUUUUCAAUCAUUCACAGAAGAUCAUUUAUUGGACUGAAUAUACUGAUAUUAAGUACAUUGUAUAAACCACACUGCUCCACAGGUAUAAUAACAAUGUUACUAAUUAACAUGUUGCAAAUAAUUCCAAAAAUCUCAGUUUGCAUUUUCAACCAUUUUCAAUUUAAUUUUGAAAAUCUAA